AAACAGAAAAGAAAGAAGAAGAAAAAGGGCGCGACGCACGUCAGAGGAGGAGGAGGAACCGGUUCCCCCGGUCUUAUCCGCCCACCGAAAUGGAAGCCUGCGCCUCCACCAGCCGCGUCCUCCUCCCUUUCCCUCCCCGCGCCGCGCGCCCGGCGGCCGCCUGCUCCCGGCGCCGCCCAGCGGUGGGAGCCGGCCGCCGGAGAAGAGGGGUCCGGCUAGCCCCGGCCCGGGCGUCGCUCGACAGCGCGGCGGUGCUCCUCGACGCCGCCGCCGCCGUCGGGGCGGUGGAGGCGACGGGGACGGGGUACUCGCAGGCCAGCUACUACACCUCGCUGGGGCUCUUCGUGCUCUCCGUCCCGGGGCUCUGGUCGCUCAUCAAGCGCUCCGUCAAGUCCAAGAUUGUGCAGAAGACGUUCGUCAGGGAGGAAGGACAGCCGACAGCGCCGAGCCUGGUGGCCGGGGAGAUCCUGUCCUUCUUCACGCGCAACAGUUUUUCCGUCUCUGACCGUGGUGAGGUCAUCACCUUCGAGGGCACAAUGACACCAAGCAGCUCUCAGGCAGCACUGCUGACCUUCUGCACCGUCAUUAGCCUGGGGAGCGUCGGGCUUGUUCUGUCAAUCGCGGUCCCAGAAGGCGGCAACAACUGGUUCUGGCUUAUGACCUUAAGCCCCUUGGCGGGAGUGUACUACUGGACAAAAGCGUCGAGGAAAGAGGAGAUCAAGGUGAAGAUGGUCUUGUCCGAUGACGGGAACAAUGUGUCCGAGAUUCUGGUGCGGGGCGACGAUGUGCAGGUCGAGCAGAUGAGGAGGGAGCUCAAGAUGAGCGAGAAGGGGAUGAUAUACGUGAAGGGGAUAUUCGAGACAUGACCAGUAGCUUUGAUGUCUGGAGUGUAGUGACCAAGCAAGCAGUUCAAACCAGGCUUUCAUGUGAUGCGAUGCAAAGUGAAGGUGAGAGGGGAGUUGAGGGUGGGUUUCAGUAUCCACGGGCAAAUCUGUGUCUUGGCUUUGAGAAAAAGAGAUGUUUUUUGUCGGGAAUUCGAUAUGGCUCCUAGGUCCAAAUGAUUCCAGUAUCUGUACCCUGUUUGUAUAUGAAUUACACUCACAAUGAUACAUUUACAUAGUAUGUGAUCUAACAGAGAACCUUGCUUGUGUUC